AUGUCCCAACGACAGCAGGGCGUCUCUGACCAGAUCGGCUACUCAAAUGCUCACAAGAUGUAUGAGAGCCUCAAAGUCCAUAUGGCCAGCCGUGCCUACGCUCCAGGGAGUCACUUGUCAGGCUUCGGAGCAGUUACAAUCAAGAUGGUUAUGGUUACGUUGGAGGUUGGGAAGUCGAAGCACACGCAGGUUGGGAACGUUCUCGAGGCUCUUGACCAUGUGCCGGUGGACAUUGGUGCACGACCUCUGAAGAAACUCUCUUUUGUCACUCUCUUCGCCCCGUGGAAGAAGUGGUCGCGUAACUAUCCCUAUCCCGGCAUUGACGAGUUCAAGAUCAGGUUCAAAACAUGGGGGGAGAUCACACCUCUUGUCCCUGACAUCAAUGUGUUGCUCAAGUACACACACAGCCAAACUUCUUCUGGCAAGCUCAAGCUGAAGAGCGCCCCUGCCGUUGAUAUUUUGCUCGAAGUCCCUUUAGAGGUGUUUCGAGCUGCUUCAAGGCAUAUUGCUCAUUUGGAGACCCAGGAAUCGCCGGUUGUGUCCCCGGAUGUGUCCCCGGAUGUAUCUCCCAUUCGUUCUGUCUCCCAUGUAUCCAAGCGAAGCCGUUGUGCUCAAACUGUUGAAGCUUCGACCGGCGGCCUGGCGGAUACCAAUCUCCCGUUGGCAACGGCUUCCCAGUAUUUCCCCUCAGCUGCCGAAAUUACGCGUGCUCUUGGACUUCAAGGUCCUCCUUCUAAGCCUACCACAGUUGCGAUGUUGGAUUCCGUCGUCUUCAAUGUUCAAGUGCAAGUGUGUCCAUAUGUGUCAUUUGCUGAGCUAGUGAAGAAUGCCAACGGAGAUAAUGCUAUGUGGAGCUCAGGAGUGGUGAUGCAGCAAUGCCAUCUCACAUACUCCUCGGGCCAGAGGCCUAUGAUCGGUGCCUCAAAAAUGGCGCACUUCGGCAAUUGCAGUCCUCCUCCAUUCCCGGAUGUACCUUCAGCAGCCGUGGUCAUCAAGCAGGUCUUCGUUGACUCUCGGUCUCUGCAACCAGAGGCAUCUGACAAGCAGAUCUCUGAUCUGACGAUGGAGAUUCUCUGCGCGCGGUGGGCUAACGCUCUCAUGGGAGAGGUGUAUGACUUUAUCAGGUCUCGUCCCCCACCCGCCAACUCUGGGCUGGACAUCCCUUCACUUCGCUACGUCUAUGUCGCACUGGCCAUGGAAGUAGUUCCCAACGAGCAAGAAAACAAGCUCUCUCGCCGUGUUUUCCUCCUUGAGGAACGCAUCAACGAGAAACCUUGGGUCAAGUACAUCAACAACGACUCCCCCACGCCUCGAGUCAACUCUCCCAAGAUUCACAAUGAUCCAGAGCUUAUACACAUCGCAUACUUCCUCUCCUUUUGCCAGCAUGUGCAGUACCUUGCCACUGAGGGCCGAACUUUUGUCUCUGACUUUCAAGGUGGUCGUACUCUGCUGUCUGAUCCACAAAUCAUGACUACAGAGUGCGCAUAA